AUGGCGAAAGCAGUAGAGAACGAGCCGGGCGACCACGAAGUGGUAGCUGAUGAGGGAGCAGUCGAUGGAGCCAAGCGCAAAUACCUGAAUAGGUUGCUCGUAGAGGAAGCAACGAAUGACGACAAUUCGGUUGUAGCCCUCCACCCCAACCGCAUAGAGGAACUUGGGCUGUUCAGAGGCGACACGGUCAUGUUGAAGGGAAAGAAAAGGCACACAACCGUUUGUAUCGUUUUGGCUGACAAGGACCUAGACGAGGGGAAAGCGCGUCUGAACAAAAUAGUGCGAAAGAACCUCAGAGUUAUGCUCGGUGAUUUUAUCAGGAUAGUACCCUGCUCAGAUGUGCCAUACGGUAAAAAGAUUCAAGUUCUUCCUCUGGAUGACACUGUGGAGGGACUUUCCAAGGAGGCACUUUUCGAUGUCUAUCUCAAGCCCUACUUUUUGGAGACCUAUCGGCCUGUGAAAAAAGGCGACCUUUUCCUUGUGAGGGGCGCUUUCAAGGCCGUUGAAUUCAAAGUGGUGGAGGUGGACCCUGGGGACUACUGUAUUGUGGCUCCAGACACUAUCAUCUAUCACGAGGGCGAUCCGAUUAAGAGGGACGAGGAGGAGAAGCUCGACGAUGUCGGCUACGACGACAUUGGAGGAUGCCGGAGGCAGAUGGCGCAGAUUAGGGAGAUGAUCGAGCUACCGCUUAGGCACCCUGGACUGUUUAAAACUCUUGGUGUGAAGCCACCAAGGGGGGUGCUGCUCUAUGGACCUCCAGGAUCCGGAAAGACGCUUAUUGCACGGGCAGUGGCGAACGAGACUGGGGCAUUCUUUUUCCUUAUCAAUGGGCCAGAGGUCAUGAGUAAGAUGGCUGGAGAGGCGGAGUCCAACCUCCGACGGGCCUUCGCCGAGGCCGAGAAGAAUGCACCUGCCAUCAUUUUUAUCGAUGAGGUGGAUUCAAUUGCUCCCAAAAGAGAGAAGACGAAUGGUGAAGUAGAAAGGAGGGUUGUUUCACAAUUACUCACACUUAUGGAUGGUUUGAAAGGACGAGGACAGGUUGUGGUCAUAGCUGCGACGAACAGACAAAACUCCAUCGACCCUGCGCUUAGAAGGUUCGGUAGAUUCGACAAGGAGAUUGACAUAGGUGUACCCGAUGAUGCCGGAAGACUCGAAAUUCUGAAAAUCCACACCAGAAAUAUGAAACUCGCCCCCGAAGUCAAGUUGGAAGAGCUUGCAGCCAAUUCUCACGGUUUUGUGGGUGCUGACCUUGCGCAACUUUGCACUGAAGCGGCGCUCGGAUGCAUCAGGGAGAAAAUGGGAGCCAUUGACCUUGAGGAGGACACAAUAGACACUGCUAUAUUGGAUUCGAUGGCUGUAACGCAGGAGCACUUCAAUGCGGCCAUCGCCACCUGCAACCCGUCCUCGCUUCGUGAGACGGUGGUGGAAAUACCGAAUAUCAAAUGGGACGAUAUAGGAGGGCUGGAAUCCGUGAAGAACGCAUUGAGAGAAAUGAUUCUCUACCCCAUAGAACACCCCGAGAAAUUCGAGAAAUUCGGCAUGUCACCUUCACGGGGAGUGUUGUUUUACGGUCCACCCGGUUGUGGUAAGACUUUGUUGGCGAAGGCUGUGGCUUCCGAGUGCAGCGCAAACUUCAUUUCCGUCAAGGGCCCUGAGUUACUGACGAUGUGGUUCGGUGAAUCCGAGGCAAACGUCCGUGAAGUGUUCGACAAGGCCAGGACCUCUGCGCCGUGUGUUGUAUUCUUUGACGAACUGGAUUCUAUCGGCACGGCCAGAGGCAGCGGUGCGGGAGAAGGUACCAAUGCUGCAGAGCGUGUGAUGAACCAGCUGCUCACAGAAAUCGACGGUGUGUCAGCGAAGAAGAACAUUUUUUUCAUCGGCGCUACCAACAGGCCCAACUUGCUUGAUGAAGCUCUUUUGAGGCCCGGUAGGCUCGACCAGCUUAUUUACAUUCCUCUUCCCGACCUUCCGGCCAGGGUUUCCAUCCUCAAUUCCGUGCUUCGCAAGUCUCCCGUUGCCAGUAACGUGCCAAUAACAUACCUCGCGCAGAAGACUGCGGGGUUCUCUGGCGCUGACCUUGCGGAGAUGUGCCAGAUUGCGGCGCGUUCGGCCAUCAGGGAGGCAAUUGCGCACGAGGAGAAACAUGGCAGCACUGCAGAGGAAGGUGCCACGGAGUUCAAGUAUGAAAUCCAACGGAAACACUUCCAAGAGGGAUUAGCCAACGCACGGCAUUCGGUGACUUCCACUGACCUUUCCAAGUUCGACAACUUCCGCAACAAAUUUGACCCACUCUACAAGACAAGGGGCGCCGGUGGAGACGAAAUCGAUAUCGACUGGCCGGAAGAAGAUGAAAUGGAGGCGACUAUGGACGUCAUCGAGGAGGACGACGAUUUAUACGCUUAA